UCAAAACGACAUGGGCUUCUCCAACGACAAGAUGGGCGACGACAUUGAGUACGGCAGCCAACUCAAGGCAGAGGAAACCAACGCGCAAGGCCAGACUGAUGCCGUCUUCGGUGAGGUUGUCGAGGGAGGACCAAACUACCGCAGCGUCAGCUGGUGGGGUUCAUCCAUCAUCAUGAUGAAGACACAGAUCGGUCUCGGUGUGCUAUCCAUUCCCGCUGCGUUCGAUGCCCUAGGUCUCAUCCCAGGCAUCAUUUCGCUGCUUGCCAUCGGAUUGAUCACACUGUGGUCUGGCUACAUGGUCGGCACAUUCAAGAUGCGUCAUCCUGAAACGUACGGUAUCGAGGAUGUGGGGCAGAAGCUGUUUGGGCGCGCCGGCCGCGAGGUGCUCGGUUUGGCGUUCGCUUUGUUGUGGACGUGCGUCGCUGGCUCCGGUAUGCUGGGUAUAUCCAUCGGAUUGAACUCGUUGUCUGAGCAUGGCACGUGUACUGCUGUCUUUGUGGCUGUGGCCUGCUUUGUGGGCUUCGCACUUGCUUCGAUCAAGACACUGGGAAAGCUCUCUUGGAUUGCGUGGGUUGGUCUUGCUGGUAUCAUGUCAGCCAUCAUUACCCUUACCAUCUCAGUCGGCAUCCAGGAUCGCCCUUCUGCGGCGCCUCAAUUCGGCCCCUGGCAAUCUGACUUUGAGCUCUUCAAGUCGCCCACCUUCGCUGAGGCCGCGGCUGCUCUAUCCAGUAUCGUCUUCGCGUUCUGCGGUAUUCCUGCUUACUUCAACGUCGUGUCCGAGAUGAAAGACCACAAGGACUACUUCAAGGCCCUGUCGCUGUGCCAAUUCGUCAUGACCUCCAUCUACAUCGCCAUCGGUGUCGUCGUGUACUACUACUGCGGAUCGUACGUCGCAUCGCCUGCGCUGGGAUCCGCCGGUGUCUUGAUGAAGAAGAUUUGCUACGGACUCGCGCUUCCCGGUCUUCUUGCGUCCGUCAUCCUGGUCACUCAUCUCGUCGCCAAGUACUUCUUCAUCCGUACUCUGCGUGGAACAAAGCAUCUCAACCACCCCACCGCUAAGCACUGGAUCACCUGGUUCGGCUUCACCGGCGCCGUCUCCCUGACUGCUUAUAUCAUUGCGUCUGCGAUUCCCGUCUUCGGUGGCCUCGUCUCGCUCGUGGGCGCACUUUUGGGCACCCUCAUGAGCUUCCAACCCAUGGGCUGCAUGUGGCUGUACGACAACUGGCACCGGUCCAACCGCGACUGGAAGUGGAAGGGCAUGGUCGCAUGGUCCAUCUUCGUCAUCGUCGCCGGCACGUUCCUCCUCAUUGGUGGUACGUAUGGUUCGAUUGUCGGCAUCAUUGACUCGUACAACAAGGAUGGUGGCACCAGCCCAUGGUCGUGCGCGGAUAACUCCAACUCGAGCGGUGGUCACUAAGAGUGGCUGUUGGAGGAAGAGGCUUGAUUUGAUGGUGCUCUGGUCUUGUUCUUUUAGCGAUGCAUAUGCAUGAUUUCAAUGCGAAUGUCUUACAUUGUUCAAAUAUAUGUUGUGUUUGGCAUUCUUGAAUGCAGCAAUCAUGAAGUCAUAGCGGA